CAAAAAUUUAAAUUAUGAAAUCAAAUAUAGUUCAAUUUUCAUUUUGACCUUUGUUCAUUCACAUAUUUUUGAACGGAAUAAUUACUUUAUGCCUUCAUUCGCAUUAUAUCCACUUCGCUGGUGGUGUGACAAUACAAAUUUUAUAAUUCCGUUGUCAACCUUUGAUGAACUUUCAAUGUUAAUGAACUUAAUUAGGAAAUGCGAAUGGUAAAACAUUCUGUAAUAUAAUAUAAACUGGAUAUUGCAGUGAUUUAAAAGAAUCAAUAGAAAUGGCCCAGCGAAAUAUUUUCAAUUAUGAGAGCUUGGUACAUGCCACUGCAGGAGCAACUGGUAGCAUCUUCGCUAUGACCAGCGUAUACCCUUUGGAUAUGAUCAAGUUUCGAAAACAACUUGAAGAUAAAGAAGUAAUAGGCAAAACAACCUUCGAAGCCAUUAUUCAUUUGCUCAAAAAUGAAGGAAUUGCCUCACUGUACCGUGGAAUCAGACCUGUAGUGAUAACAUUAGGAGUAUCUACCUUUGUGUAUUUUUAUACAUUCCAUGGAAUAAAAUCGGUUAUACCCAAAGAACUCCAAAACUCUAAAACUGAUCUAGCUUUGAGUAUAUUUUCAGGUGUAGUAAAUGUUCUAACAACUAAUCCUCUUUGGGUGGUAAAUAAUCGUCUCAAAACCAAAGAAGAAGUACAUUAUACUGGUCUUCUAGAUGGAUUAUUCCACAUAGGGAGUACAGAGGGAAUAGGAACCCUUUGGAAUGGAGUAGGUCCUUCUCUGAUACUGGUCACCAAUCCAGCAAUCCAUUUCACCAUCUAUGAAGCAUUGAAGAGAAAAGUGAACGUUAAGACUGCCACUGCAUUUUUCAUACUAGGGGCUAUAUCAAAAUCUAUAGCUACCGUCCUCACGUAUCCUCUACAGUUAGCUCAAACUCGGCUGAGGCUAGCAAAAGAUCGUAGGAUGGGUACCGCUGCUCUGUUAUUUAUGAUAUUAAAGAAAAAUGGACCAAAAGCCUUGUUCCAGGGUUUGGAAUCAAAAAUGUUACAAACUGUUUUCGCCACUGCAUUGAUGUUUGUUACUUAUGAGAAACUUGCUCAAUUAGUAUUUAAAUUAUUACUUGGAAGUGCCAAAAGGAAAAGAAUCUAAUUUUUUUCAAGAAUACAAAACAUGUGUAUUGUUUUUAUUAGUUUUCUUUUACAUUGAAACUACUGGCAUAAUUGGUUUAUGUUCAGUGAGGAAAUUUGAACUUAUUGUCUAUUAUGCAAAGGAUACACUAAUGCUCUCAUCUAGUCUACCGCAAAUAAUAUUGAUUCUAGUUCAUUCAAUUCCAUUAUAAGGAAUCACAUCAAUUUGAGUCACUGGGUUGUUUUUUCCUAGUGUGUUUCACAAUGGACAUUUUCAUUGAGAUUGGGCUAAACUUUAAACCUCAUUUAGUUUUUUCCUGAAACGAUUUUAGUGUUCAUCGGAAUUAAAUUUGGCAACUUUAUUAGAUUUAUUCGCUAGCUUGAACUCGUUGAAAAAUUUGUUUAUGGAUUCAUCGGUUCAACUUAAUUCUCAAUUCUUUCAGUUCUCCACUUGAGUUCAAAAGACUAUUUGUUUUGAGAUUUUCAACACAGAUUAUAUUUUGUGAAUGGC